UCUUUCAAACUAGAUGUUAUAGAGAGCACUAGCUGUAAUCACAUUGGGAGACUGAUGCUCCAUGACAGCUAAAAGUUGGAUUGAGUUUCAGGAGCUACUAUAUAUAAAGCUGGGUCGACUUAUGUCACCGCACUAAUUAAAUGCCAUCUGGGUGGCUCCUCUGGGUUUUUGAGUCCAUCACCCAGUUCAGAUAGAGUCAGAGGCCAAGGAGGAGAACAUGAUGAUGGACCUUUUUGAAACUGGCUCCUAUUUCUUCUACUUGGAUGGGGAAAAUGUUACUCUGCAGCCGUUAGAAGUGGCAGAGGGCUCUCCUUUGUAUCCAGGGAGUGAUGGUACCCUGUCCCCCUGCCAGGACCAAAUGCCCCCGGAAGCCGGCAGCGACAGCAGCGGAGAGGAACACGUCCUGGCGCCCCCAGGCCUGCAGCCUCCCCACUGCCCCGGCCAAUGUCUGAUCUGGGCUUGCAAGACUUGUAAGAGAAAAUCUGCCCCCACUGACCGGCGAAAAGCCGCCACCCUGCGCGAGAGGAGGCGGCUAAAGAAAAUCAACGAGGCCUUCGAGGCCCUGAAACGGCGGACUGUGGCCAACCCCAACCAGAGGCUGCCCAAGGUGGAGAUUCUGCGGAGCGCCAUCAACUACAUUGAACGGCUGCAGGACCUGCUGCACCGCCUGGAUCAGCAGGAGAAAAUGCAGGAGCUGGGGGUGGACCCCUUCAGCUACAGACCCAAGCAAGAAAAUCUUGAGGGCGCGGAUUUCCUGCGCACCUGCAGCUCCCAGUGGCCAAGUGUUUCGGAUCAUUCCAGGGGGCUCGUGAUAACUGCUAAGGAAGGAGGAGCAAGCAUUGAUUCGUCUGCCUCGAGUAGCCUUCGAUGCCUUUCUUCUAUCGUGGACAGUAUUUCCUCGGAGGAACGCAAAGUCCCCUGCGGGGAGGAGGUGGUGGAAAAGUAACUCCGGCGGCGGCUUGAGGCAUUCUCCACGCAGCAGGAAGAUCCCACCCACCCUCCUUGGCCUAAUCCUUUAGAUUAGGUCAUAUUACAUUAAUAUUUAGGAACCCAGGCCCAGGAGUUUAAGAAAGGGAAGGAGACAUACUCACAAAGAAACUUUUUGAAAACUUGUGCACGCUCAAAUGAAAAAAAGCCUUUUUGGCUUUUGGCUUUUAUUUUUUUGGAACCGUGAGUGGCUUGGGUCUAGCUCCCUUAUUUUGUUUUUGUUUGUUUGGUUUUGUAAUAUAUUAACUUUUAUGAUGAUGAUCCUUUUGUGCCAUAUUCAAAACAAGUUCAUUCCUGUCUGAAAGCAAAGUGGGAACGUUGCAUUUAAUGUUAGUAAUAUUUAAUGUAUUUUUGUAAAUAGUCUUAGUACUUUCAUUUUUUUAUGUAAACCUAAGAAAUAUAUUUUAAAUGUGGAAUGACAUAUUGUAUAUAAAAUGUGCAAACAUCCUGGUAUUGUAAUAUUAAAAAUAAGUUUCUAUAUGAACAGAGUUGGUCCUAAUUUGAACUGGAAAAAUGCUUUGAGGGCAUGUGUACAAAAGUAAAGAGGAAUGAUAUUUUAA